AUGGGCGACAAAUCAAGAGGGCAAGUCUUUGACAACAAGGGGUGGGGACGAGUUCUUUGUUCGACCUUGUACGCAUCCGACAAGUGGGCAAUUUGUGAGACAAAGCGCUGUCAGAUUGAAGAGGCUGGCAGCCAGAAUGUGGAGUAUUUCAGUGCUCAGCCACGCGAUGCCCGUCCUCGAGAGGGUGCACAAAGCAAUGAGACAGACAGCAACAAGAAUGCGGUUUCAUUCAGUGAAAAAGAGCCAAGCCCCCAGCUUCAGACUCCAACCCCUGACGACACUCUUGGCCAAGUUGCCCUUCAUGUUCAGGGCCAGCAGCACCUUGUCCUGCGCCAGUUGCCGUCGGUUUCAUCGCUGGGCGUGCAGGAAGCCGAACACCUUCUAGACCCGCCACCGCCCCUCGUUCAGAAGCUUGCCCAGAAUCAUAGUUCCUCUCAGGUUUCACUCCCGUCCGACUUGGGCGACUCCCAGCCGCGUCACCUUGGCGGAAGAAUUCGGCUUCGUGGGAGAAACCACUCUGAAAGCCCUUUGGCACUGCACGAGGCUAUUCAAAUCCAACCUCCUCCGGCCAGUCGCAACCCUCGUCCAUCUUCCAUUGCGACCCCAAAACUCCUGUCGCCUCUUUCUCCACAGCAUGACUGGUCCCGCCGGCCAGAACAGAUCUCCUCGUCGCGGGACCCCGCAUCCCACAGAAUCUCUUCCUCGCCCAUGGAGAAGCUGAAGAACGUCGGUCGAUUUCGCCGGAUCUCGAUGGGUUCCAAUCAACGCGAUUUUAAGGCUGGGCAGUCUCCAAAGAAGCCCUUCAGACUCACCGGCCUUUUCAGCCGCACCCACAAGAAGUCUGGCCCACCGGAGCAAAUUGAGCGCUCAUCAGACAAUAGGAGUUCAAUACCACCCCUCGCACCGCUCUCUCCUCGGCCGGAUUCCAGAAUAGCAAGCUCUUCCAUUUCGUCCUUUGACAAUAACGAAAGACCCGUGUCUCUUCCAGACGGUCGUGACGCACUGAAUAAUAGCCGCCGCCCACCGCCAGAAGGAUACUUUGCGCAUGAGUCGCCGGAAUCCUUCUCCGUCACUCAGCCCCAUCAUCAACACCUUCGUAGUGCAACAAGCUCAGACCGCAUGAGGUUGAGUGACCCGUCACCUCUUGACCCCGGACGGCUUUCGCCUCAUCAUUCCCCACCAUAUCAUUCACCUCAAACUCCACGACGCCAACAGCAUGUUUCUUCCCCGCGGCUCAGUUCCUCCAUCCCUUCGCCGGUUCCCCACACGCCACCAUCUCGUGGCCGCUCAGAGGACCGCACUUAUGCCCAAGACCUCCACCUCCGCUCCCGUAGUCCCAAGGCGUUCGCGCCACGACCCGAGGAACGGAAUCUACCCAAGCACGAUCCGACAGACCCGGCCUUUCGAUUGGGUGCCUUCCGAUCGUCGAACCCUCGCACAAGUCGCGUCGGCGACCAGGAAUUGCCCUGGAAAAUCACGAUUCCGGGUGAGGACGAGGCCACGAUAGACCCAUCGGCUUCCUGGCGCCAGGAAACAGUUGGUGUCCUCAAUGAUACCCGAUUACCUACCUACCAAGAAGACGUACAAGAGCACGGUCCUUCCCAACAACCGGAAGAUGAGAAACGAGGACCGCCUCUUCCUGAUCCACCCACCAAUACAGUCAAUGCGCCCCAAUUGCAACUGCCAAACCAUGCCUCUCCCGAACAUCCACACCGGCCUCCGGCCCGCGCGAUCAAUUCCUUUGAGGCUGCGGUCGAACUCCCUGUGCGAGCGGACGACGACUCCAGCGAAGAAAUUAUGAUGUCCAGCACCGCAUAUCCAGGGCAAGAAUGGCGUCCUCUUGGAUUUUCGGAAUGGGAGCAUCAAUGA